AUGCCCGACAAGAGAAAGAACGUAAGGAAUACAUCCCGGCUUUCUGGGAAACCACUUGCUGAAACGCUCAUCCCAUCAUCGACCCUCAGCUCCUCUGCAGAAGAAACAUGGGUCACAUCCGAUGAUCUGACUGAAUAUGACCUCCCAUAUACCCCGGAGGUCAUGCAGGACGUGACUGUCUUCCUCCUGGGAAAUAUCAAUAUCAACUCCAGUCAUCUGUUCCGGGCUGAUAUUCUCCAUGAUAGUCGGGGCUCACUGAGCACGCCCCAACAGAAAGAGCAGUCUCAUGCGUUGUCGGGGAAUAGUAGUUCGCAGACACUUCCUGGUACUGUUGCUGGUGUGGAUGAUUCCGUGGAACCCCUCCCUCCUCGAGAUAUUGCAGGGUUUGAUCUGACUAGGACGGUGCUAAGACGGUUUAUUCCCAGGAAUCCGAAACUGGAUCGACCACUUGAGCAGACUUGUCAUUUCUAUGAGGCGGUUGCGACGCAGUCGGUUGAUGAUGGUGAGGAUGCUUUGAACUCGUCGGGGUCCCGGUCAAGUUCUCACGACUGGAUGGUUGUCUACACACCUCAUACUACUUCCAAGGAGGACACCCCGUACUAUCAUCCUCAGCUUAGAGCUCUAGCGCUUCUAUAUCGGUUUAAACACGACGUCGGCGCAGAAUCCUCCGGAACACAAACACAAACAUCUCCGACAUCAAGAUCAGGAACAGGAACAGGAACACUCUCCCUCCACUUCUUACCGUACCCGGAUGAACCAGUCUCCAAUCGCAUGGAACGGACUCUGAACGCUCUGGUAAACACUCAGAUACGACUCGCCCGUGGCGCGCGGCUAUCCAACAAGAACAAGUCCGAAGGCGGCAAUCACAAACCCAACAAAGACAACGUCAUCCCACAGCAUUUGGUACAAAACACCUACACACGACUCAAGUCCAAAUUCGGCCCGGACCUCUGUGGAGACUGGGUCGAGAACACCGAACCAUCCAAACAUGUAUUCGAAGACCUAUCCAUCGCAGCAUUCCUCAUUGAGCUCUGGAGAAGCAUGUACGGUGCUGUUCCCGCCGAUGAGAAGAAAAACCCCCAUCAACAACCCAACGAAAACCACCAACCUAAUGGAUUUAAAGACAUGUUCAUCUCGAACCCCUGCCCCAAAUUUCCCGGCUUCGUCGACAUCGCCUGUGGAAAUGGAGUUCUCGUCUACAUCCUUCUGAUGGAGGGAUACCCAGGUUGGGGAUUCGAUGCCCGUCGUCGUAAAACCUGGAGUAUAUUCCCGGAGUCCAUCCAAUCUCGACUCAAAGAGGAGAUCUAUAUCCCCAAACCAUUCGCAGACGAGUUAAUAUCUUCGGGUCGAGAAGACGACCUCACUGCCCACCAUCUUACCGUGGCCUCUCACACGGGCGUCUUUCCCCAUGAUACAUUCAUUAUUUCAAAUCAUGCGGAUGAGCUCACCGUUUGGACGCCCCUCAUGGCGGCCCUUUCGAAUCCAAUAUCUCCCCUCCCGUUUCUCGCUAUCCCGUGCUGCUCGCAUUCUCUAUCUGGUUCUCGGUUUAGAUAUCCUCCGCCUAAGACAGUAUUGAAAUCAUCAUCUGGGAGUACCACCGACCCAAUCUCCCCUCACCACCAUGAAACCGAAGAAGGGGAUAACCCCGCAACCGGCUCCCUCCAAUCCCUCCGCAAGACAAAACAAGCCGUCCUGACGGACGAAACCGCCUUCAACAAAUCUAUGUACGGCUCUCUCACUGCCAAAACCCUCGCCGUGGCCGAGGAGAUCGGCUACGCGGUCGAAAAGACCCUGCUUCGGAUCCCGAGCACCCGGAACGUGGGUGUGAUUGGGGGUCGUGUGCGGGUGAUUGAAAAAUGGCGUGCGGGGACAGCACAGGUUGGGGUUGAUUCAUCGUCCAUUGCAGGGGACUUUGAUGAUGUGGAGCAGCGCGUGAUGGAUGUCGUUCGGAGGGAGUGUUUGAGGGAUGGUGGAGUUAAUGUUGCGGCGGGGGUCUGGCUGGAGAGGGCGAGGGGGAUUCAUUUGGGCCCUGGGAAGGGGAAAUAG